UUAGAUGCAAAAUUGCAAAUGCUAUGGCUGAUUGGUGUGUCGUGUGUGACAUUUGACAUAGGGUUUACGGAAGGUUUACUGAAUUCUCCGUCAAGAAAUGCAUCGUGUAAUCGGCUUGAAUAUAUCAUAACCACCUUCAAAUUCUAGACAAACCCAGGCCUUCAGGAUUUAUCUUCACCAAUUUCUCAGGCAUUGCAGCGUUCGUAAAUUAGGGAUUGAAAUAAACGUGAGAUUGAUAUUUGUUUUUUUUUCCCGAAUUGAAUUCGAGUGGUCCUAGUGCAAAUUUUCAGCUAUGGCCAUGGCUUCUCCAUCACAGCAACCGAGCCAUAAUCCUGUUUAUCACCAAGUAGUUCCUGAAGAAACAUCAUACACGUUGUUGGUUCGCCAUCUCCCGGAGGCAAUUACACAUGAUACAGUUGCUAGGCUCUUCUCGUACUACGGUGCCUCUUCUGUCCGACCGUGUUCUUUUGGAAGGGUGAAAAAUUGUGCAUUUGUUGAUUUUAAGAACGAAAUAUCAGCAGCCGAAGCUCAAAGACAACUGCAUGGGUUACGGUUUUUUGGUAAAGUCUUGUCAGUCGAGAGAGCUACUAAAGGCAACAAUAAAAAUCAUAAUCAAGAAAGGGAAACACAAUCCACAAACCAGUCCAGCUCAAUGAUGAAAGAUCCUUCUCUCAGGGUCAGCAGGCAAUAUAGUAGCGAACCCAUUGCUUCAAAACUUGGAAUCGACUAUCCAUUUCCUCCCCAUCUCGAAUAUGCGUAUCCACCACCAGAUGGACACAUUCUGACCAACAUUGUAAAUGCCCUUAUUGCAGUUCCGCGCUUUUAUACACAGGUUUUACAUUUGAUGAACAAAAUGAAUAUCCCUGCUCCAUUUCGCAAGGCUCUACCUACUCCGCCUCUACCGGCACCAGUUCCUGUUCCUUCACAACUACCUACAACUCCACCUCCUCCACAAACCGGGGAGAGUAAAAUGGACAAUCUGCUUAGCAAUGAGUCCGAAACAGAGACUUCAGAUGAGGAUGUUCAAGAAGAUGUUGGGCCAAUGAGAAAAAAAGCAAAGAGGCAAGCAAUUGUUGGUCCAGCUGUCGACAAGGAUGUAAAGCAUGAGGCUGUUGGAUUGAAACAAGCUGCAUUGGUUCCUAAAGAAAAGCCUAUAAUAAAAAAGAAUAAUCCUGUGCUACAGAUAAGAAUAGCACCUAAGCCAGUUCAAACCAAUCAAACUGAAGAUGAUUCCACUGAGGACUUGCAACGGGAAAAUGUAGAAAUAUCUGAUAACAAACCUUAUGCAACUCUAGAGGAGCUAAAUAGUGGGAGAUUGCCUCCAGAGGAAAUUCUAUCGCUCCCUAGAUUUAAGAACUACACUGCUGGAGAUCCUACAUCUGUGUUGUAUGUUAAGAACUUGGCGAAGGAUGUCGUUGUUGAUGACUUCUACUUCAUAUUUGGAUCACUAUUCGGGAGCUUUGAUGCAGCCAAAUCCAAUCUUAGUGUCAAACUAAUGCAGGAAGGACGAAUGAGGGGCCAAGCUUUUGUUACAUUCCCUACAGUUGAACUUGCUCGUAAUGCUUUGAAUGUUGUCAACGGAUACGUAUUUAAAGGGAAACCUAUAGUUAUCCAGUUUGGCAGGACUCCUGCUGCAAAAGCCAACUAAACGAUGAAAUGGUGGAUUACAAAUGCAACGACUAGGUACUCGUUUCGUUCAUUCUUUCGAACUCUUUGCAGCACAGCAAGAAUUGGUAUUUUUCGAGUAGGGUGAAACAUCUUCUUUCGAGGGUUUGCCGGCAUUGUCGAAGAAGAAAAGAGUUACAGGACUGAGGCAGCUUCUGAGGCAUUGUUGAAGUUUCACCUCACGGAUGUUCUGAUUAUGUGCAAUUUCAUCAAUUGGAGUUGGAAAACAGAAGAUCUAUUUGUUAAUUUAAUUUUGUUCAAGCUUAGAGAAAAUUAUAUAUUUGAAAAUGAAGUAUUAUAAGGUUGUGAUUA